CAUGACAUGUGUUGUUUUAGUUACAGGCAAUAUGGACAUAGUAUAAACAAACAGCAGAACACAAUUCAGGAAUAUGCAGUUUCUAUAUAUUGGUUCAGAUAACAGAAGAAAGAUGCAGUUCAUACAUACAACAUUGAUGCUAUUCCAGCUACUUAUGGUCCAGAGCAUAUAUUCAAGUCAGGACUAUGGUCUUUGUAAAGUAUAUGAUACUGGUGACAACCUUCCAGAGAUCGUUGAUGGACACAGGCAGUGUAUAAAAACUGAACUGAGCACCUUCUGCAUUGAAUGGAAUUGUCCAGAACCAGAAUGUGACGACCCCAAAAAACCAGAAACAGGAUGUCCCUUCUGUCAAGGGACCUGCAGUUACGGCGGUAAAAUUUACAAAGAGAGAGAAGCAUUCCCCUGUGUGGACAAAGUCAAUACCUGUCAUUGUCUAGCAGAUGGUGUCAUUGGAACAUCCUUAAUUGCAGUAAAUCCAGAAUAUAUGUGUACUACAAAGUUAGAUAAAUUAUCAUAAGCUUAA